AAAUGAUAAAUCUAUGCCCAUUUCUAAUCGGUUUGUCUAGGUAUGGAACCCUGCCUGCUAUCCAGGACUCCCAGGUGGUUAAGGUUGAUGUCUCCGGGAGAAACUUUGACUCAAUGACGGAGUUUCGGAGGUCUCUGCAACCGGUUCAACAGAGAAGACGAAAGAAGAAGAGAGAUAAAAGGCGAAACACGUUGGGAGGAGGAACAGAACACUCACAGGACAAAAUAUAUAAUAAACGGUCUAAGAGUGUUGAGAAUUCUAGAUGUACCCAGGAUGUGGAUGUAUCUAUGGACGUGGAUCCUGGCAGCUCAUUAGCAACGACGACAAUUCCUGAUCUGGAUCUAGUUUCCUUAUCCUCCUCCUACCUUAACAAAACCCUCUCCGAUAUAGUUCUACCUCCGCCACCCCCGGAGAACAAGUCCGGGGAACAGAUGAAGAAAUUGAAAUCUCUGGAUCGGAGAAAUCCGUUCCUGGAUUCUGAUAUUCCGUUCCUGGAUUCUGAUAUUCCGUUCCUGGAUCAGGAACCCAACCCUUUCCUCUCGCAGGACAGAGAAUCCCCAUUUUCAGAUCAGGAUGCGGGGCAGGAGAGUUAUUACGAGUCUAUGAGAAGAAACCAUGCUCCGCCGUUUACAGCUCCGCCCUCUUCCGCCAAUCCUUUCAUUCGCUCCGCCCAUCCAGACGGUGCACUGUCGUCCAGCGGUGUUUGGACGAAUUCUGGUUCAGAUCAGGAUAAGGACGAAUAUCAGUGUACUCCAAGAGUUGUAGAAGAUACGACUCCAAGAGUUCUAGCUAGACCUGUUUCAAGUUUAUCAAUGGGAGUCAUUUCAGAUCAUUCAGAGUUAGGAGGGGAGGAGUCAAGUAUCAAGGUGCAGGAUGGAGGGGAGGAGGAGGGGGAGAGGGAUGCUCCGCAUGAAUACAGUGUAGAGGAUAUCUCAAUACACAGUUGUGAUACAGAAGGCUACUACACAACAUUUCACGACUUCGACGGGUUCCAAGAGGUGACCCAGGGAUUUUCGACUUUCGACACAGUCGAUACUUUGAAAAUUGUCGAGGAUUUCGAUCCAGAGGGAACCCUGAAAUUGUCGAAAGAAGGAACAACGAUGAAAGAUGGUGUUGUUCUUCGAGCAAAAAAAAGACGACCUCCACCACCCAGCAGAACAAGUUCUUUGUACAAGGACAGGGAAAGCAUCGACACUGUGGUUCAUGUAAGUGAACUUCAGCAGUACGACAUUAUUUUCUCCGAACCAAACCAAACAAGUUCACCAAACCAAACAAGGGCUGCAAAACAACCCGUUUCACCAAACCGAACUCCUACUAAGGAGAAUCAACUUUGGGAAACUAAAAAUGUGAAAACUGAACAAAUGAACAUAAUCUCUACUCCUGUUACGGUUCAUGUAACGGAUUUAGAUGAUUCAGUUCAAAAUAAUUCCGCGGAUUUUUCAAGGGCAAGCGAAGACGACAACUCAUUCUGGGAAUCAGACUUUGAAAAUUCGCAACAUUCUUCCCAUCUUAAACACAAGGCGGCCAUUUUAAGCCGACCGAUUCCUUCAAUAUGCGCGGUUACCCCGCCCCUAAGCGACGACGAUCGGCGAUCAUCCUCCCGCGAGAAAGAGCGAUUAGAUACUAGUACAGAGAGUGAAACGAUCAUUGUCUAUGGACAACCGAUCGUAAAAUCUCAGAUUUUAUCCGGAGCAGUUUACAUCCAACGAAACCUUACUCCGGAGAGGAGACAAGACCUGGAAACAUUCUCCGGAAACGCGGGAGAUUGUUCCCUACAAAAUCCGGGAAAUAUUGUUCACGACACUUCAAAAGAGAGGAUAGAGGAUAAGGAGGGUAGCAACAGAAGCUCAGAAGUUGUAUAUGACGAGCUAAAGAAUGAAAAUAAACCAGAAAAAGUCGAACUGGAAACAGAAGUGGACGGAGAGAAAGUUGUCUCUAUAACUCCUGACAUUGUCAAACCGAAUAAACCUUCUGACAAUUCUAUGUCCGAACCUGAAAACAACUUGUCGCUGGUUGACACGGACAGUAAAACCAACAGUAGCAGUCGUCUACCUGACAUGCUGACCCACACACCUGACGCAGGGUUUACAAACUCAGAGGUUGAGAAAUGCGGGAAUGCAGGGGUCGAAGGAAUUAAAGAAUUGGUGGGUGUGUCGGGGGGUGGAGCCAAUACUCAACCAACAGUAGGAACUGUAGGGUGUGUAUGGGGGACUGAGCAGGCUGAAUCCAGGCAGUCGGUGAAAACCAUUCAACAAGAGAACAGUGUGCCUAAACUCAGGAUAACUUCGCCAUUUACCUCCUAUCGUAGGAGUGAGGAGAAAGAAAGUUCUCCUGAAAAUAAGGAUUGGACACUCAUCGCUACUGACGAUAAAGAUUCGCCCCCACCCCUCUCCGCCCCUGUUGAGGAUACCCGAGCCCCCCUCUCUAAUCCCGCCACGCCCCUGACUCUCUCCUGCCCCCCAUAUCAGGCCCCACCGUCUCCUUAUUCAGAAGUUUUAAAUAGGAGUUUAGGAGAUGUAAACAAAUCUAAGGAGGCUUCUAAUACUCCAGUUUCUCCUACAGUUCAGCUCCAGGUCUCAGGUGUACAACUCUUAGCAGCCAACCCAGAGAAAUCAUAUCAUCCUUCCCAACCUACAAAUCCAUCCCAAGAAACCAUCAGAAAUUUAUCAUUGUCCAAGCCAAGUGAAGGAAAUGAUAUAAUGACACCAAAGUCUGAGGAGAAGAAAUCUUCUAAAUCUUUAUCCCGUAGUGACUCAUAUAGACGGGCUCGACCUUUACUUUCUCCCGUGGAAGUGAGAAAAAAUAGAAAUUCUUGUGACGUGACAACCCUUGAUUUAUCAAGUAUAAAUAUUCAGAAUGAGAAAGAGGAAAAAAAGGAAGCCAAAGGAAAUUUUUUCAAAAAUAUUCGUUCUCAAUUUACCUUUUCAAGUUUACGACGGAAAAGUCCAAAAAAAUCCUCAAACAAAGAAGACAGUUACCGAACCUCGGGGUGUGAUCCGACCCAUGACCUGUCUCCCUCGGUAGGAUCUCGAAUGACCUCGACCCCGCUCUCCUCCUGUGCUACUGCGCGAGUGUCAGAGCAGCGGGAGGUCACUGAAGAGGUUAAAUAUAGAACAGCUGCGAUGAAAAACCAACAUCAACGGUGGUCAUUCGCUGAGCAGACAGCAAGAGAAGGUUUACCCAAUCUAUAUACCCCUGGUCCUGCUGGAUACAUAUAUUCCAACCCACCAGCUCAUCUUCCUCCUCAUCAACAUCCGAGAUACUAUCCUCAACCCAUUCACCCUCAGCAUCCUCAGUAUCAUCUUCAACAUCAACCUCAACAUAUUCAAUAUCCUCAAUAUCAUCUUCAACACCAACCUCAACAUGUUCAACAUCAACCUCAACAUGUUCAGCAUCAACUUCAUCCUGCUUUUGGAUAUCAAUAUGGAACCUAUGGUUCCUCUUCUACUGGAGUGUAUGCACAGAACAUGAGUAAAAGAUCAAGUAUUGCAUCCCUAGCUGCUGUAGAACAAGGUUUUGUCGGUCGAAGUCCUAAUCCCAGUGUAUAUGAGGGCGGGGAUGAGGGAGCAUAUGGUUACUCUGUAGGGCGCAGUAGUACGAGAUCCACUCCCCUACCUCCUUAUGCUCCAGGGAGUAACCGAUCUACUCCUUUACCGCCUCCCUCUAGCGGGGGUACUCCCCUACCCCACCCUAGACCUGAGUUAAACUACCCACCCAACCUGUCAAACUGUCCCACCCCUCUACUGCACCUGGAGCCCAACAUACUGAGAAAAAGCUGCGAAUGUCCCAUGUGCUAUCAUAGUAUAAACAACCCGUGUCCCACCUGUGGGUGUCCCAACAAUACUGUCCCCAAGGCUAUGAAGUUGAACCCCCGAAGCCGGGGACAUAGUUUUACAGAUCAGCAAUCUACUGUAGCAUUCUUCAGUCCAUCUUCAGAUUAUUAUUCUCUAAGCCCUGACUCCCCUCCUCCCACCAACCUAAACCAGUCUCCAGAACCUAAUCCCAACAAUCCGCAAUCCCUAGCUCAGCAUCAAAACGGGAUCCAAAACGGGUCCCCUCAAGAAAUCCACCAAAAUGUAAAUUUACAGAAUUCCCAAAGUCCCAACUCAGAUUCAGACAAGUCCUUCGAAUCGAGAAAGUCCUCUCCGUCCUCCAGUAAGUCCAAAAGUCCUGAUCCUCGGUCCCAUCCUCCUAGAAGACCGUCCCAGCCGGAAAGACCUGCGCCUGACAAAUUAAAAGGAAACCGGCGGCAUAGUUGGGCCGGAGACAAGGGCAAGGUGCCGCCACCUCCCAAACAAACUUCCUUGCAGGAGUUUAAGAAACUGCUCUCUCAGCAAGCUGGAGGACCAAACCAGCAUAGGAUAUCAGCCAAAGAAUUACUAUUAAGCUCGGAAAAUAAAUCUAGUCAGAAUACCGCCCCUUCCUCAACCGCCGGCGGAUCUUUAAGAAAGAAAUCCCCGCCGUGGCGGGAUCAACGCUUCUCUAUUAUCCAAGAAGAGGAUAAUGAAGAAAAUAGAAAAAGUCGAGAAAAUCUGUGCGAUUAGUUUAAAGUUUUUAGAUAUAAUAAAUAAGUGUCUUUAUAAUU